AUGGCUUCACAAACGCCUUCGAAGAAGUCGCUCAGGAGGAAACCACCUCCACCAAUGGAGGACCCUCUCCCACCUCCGGGCAUUGUCUCUGGAGCAACUGGAUCUCCACACUCCAACAGUUCAGUCAACUUCAAUCAUCCCAUGUCCAUGGCUUCACCACCUCUACCGCCCCGAGAGUUACCAAAACCAAUAAUAACAACACUGUAUGAGGAUGAUUCCUUUGAAGUUAAUGAAGAUUCCAUUCUUUCGUAUGAAAGCGCUAGACCCAUGGGACCUAAACAACUACCGAUGGACCAUAGCAUUACCUCCAACGAAACGAUCAACGGCUACGAUAGUGAACUCGCUCCUUCUUCAGCCCAGCCUUCUACCGGAGAUGACGUUUUUCUGGCAUCACCGGGAACUCACACUAGUUUUCCGACAUCACCAAGCCAAUCAACACCUACAGAACAGUCCCAAUCGCAAAGCUCACGUCGCAAAUCCUUCCCGAAACGAAAGUUUCAGAAUCUACUGCAAGGUGGCCUAUCUCCAUUCAAUUCAAAUGAUUAUUCAGAUAAUAUCAAACUCGAACAGGAGCAAAUGGCUUCCUUGAAUAUUCCUCCUAGACCAAAGGGCUCCGUCGCAGGUCCCGAUCCAAUGCCUUCGCCUCCCUAUCCAGUAGACAAUAAUGUGCUUUUUGACCUGGAUGACAAUCAAAGCAUUUACAACCCAUACACCGACCAAAGCCCUAAUACCCCAUUCCGCAUUCCCACCUUGGUCGGUAAUAAUUUACUGCCUACCUUGCCAAAUAAGCUUGAUCCAGACAGAUCCACUUGGGAUCAUUCAUUCCAACAAGAUUCGUCUUUUGACGAAGGAAACGAUUCACCCGAGGAACGUAUUCCUCGUUGGAGCUUACUUGAGGCAGAACAAUCCGAUUACUAUGAUGAUAUGGAUCACGAGUAUCCCGCUCCAACUAAAUUCGACUAUUCUAUUCUUCCAGAGCUUCCGUCAGCCAACGACACCACAAAGCUAUACCAAACUGAAGACCCUGAUGCUUCUUUCUCGGGCGAGCCAACAGCAAAACUUCCACAGAGCUCGCUUACCAUUUCGAGAAAGCAUGACUCCUUGCCACCUGUACCACUUGAUCUACCACGCCUACCGUUUUCUUCAUCGUCAUUGAAUGCGCAACACUUCGCAGCAUGUGGGAAUAUUUGGUCUUUGAAGGAAGUGCUUGAGUGGUGUCGUAAGCUCAAAUGCUGGUUACAUGACUCUCCCAUCUCGAAUGAAGAAUUGAAGAAAGCUCUUAUAAAACUUCUUGUGUUCCAUAAAAGAAGUCUCCCAGUUGAUAUCAUCAACAGGAAUGUCAAUGCCAUGCUUGAUUCUCUUGUGAAAACAAAUGCAAUAACGUUGGAUGAUUCGCCCGAUGAAGCAGCUAAAGAGCCUACUUCAAUCUCAAUUGAUGAUCAUGCAGAGGUAAGCGCUGUCUUCCCGGAGUUGACAGACUGUUACGGCUUCUAUAGAGAUCAUCAGACUGAGGAAAAGACUGAUAAUCUUCUUUCGUGCUAUUCCUCAAAGUGUGAAAUCAACAGAUGGAUUGAACAAAAGCACAAGUUAGAGACAACAAAGAUUGAAGAUAUAGAACUAGGAGCUGAUUGGGCGAGUCAUUGGCAACUUGCUGCGGAUGACAUGGAUCUCGACUCUGCAGUUACCAAACGCCAAUCAUUUUUGUUUGAUUUGAUAAAAUUUGAACAAAAAUUCAUUCAAAGAGCUGAAUGUUUUGUGAAUAUUGUUGGGCCAGAUUUCAUUAGGACGGCAACAGCAGCAGCUGGUUCUUCAAUCGUAACUUCGCAUAAAAAAUUCAGAGAGGAUGUCUUGACUUCAGCAAAGGAUUUACUCGAAGUUCAUAAGUCAGUACUUAUGGAACCCCUCCUCAAAUUGCUUUUGGCAGAAGGAAGAAUCAUAAGCGAUGUUGUGAGCAUAGCAAAGUUUUACAGAACGUGGUCCAAGGCAUCUACGGAAGGGUUGUUGCGCUAUAUGAGCGUUGUUCCUAUGAUUGAAGAUAUACUCCAAAAUGAAUAUCUCAAAAGAUGGGAUGAAAACUUGAGGACUAAUGCGACUGUGAAGGACUUAAAAGUCAACGGAAAUAUGCUCUUAUUGAGUACUUUCAACUCCAGGUAUCAACAACUCCCCUUGCAGCUUUCGGAUAUUCGUAAAACCUUUAAAGAGAAUGAUCCAGCACAUGCUGAAAUUACGAAAACGAUCGAAAGCAUAAAGAAGCUAGGGAGUAAAGUUAACGCAAUGAAAGUUCACGCUGACAACAUUCACGCACUUAGGCGGAUUGAAAAGCAAUUGACAUGGAAGUCUAGUGUUAUACAGCCAAAUCUCAAUCUUCAGUCUAAACUGCGGAAGUUUUUCUUUCGUGGUAACCUUAACAGAAAAGGUGACUUGAAGAUAAACACUCACGCUGUCCAUGUCAUUGUGCUUGACAACUAUAUUCUUUUGACGGAGAAGUCAAAGGGGCCACGUUCUGCUAAUUACAAGGUGGUGGAGAACCCAAUUCCACUUGACUUUGUUAUUCUUGAGAAUCGUGAGCGUGAGGUCGGGACACUUGCCACUAUUACAACCCCAAUACUGGGUACAACUGUGAACAACAAUAAAGAUGUUGAGAACGAUGACUCUGAUGAAUCUACCUUUCCUUUCAAGAUUCGCUACGCUGGUCGUGGCAAGAGUCAAGCAUAUACAUUUUAUGCUACAAGUGAGAGCGAGAAGGAGAAGUGGUUUACGGGUAUCCUUCAAGCCCGUUCUAAUCUUUUAAAGAAAGUUAAACCAUUGGCUCCAUACAAUGUUGAAGGAACCGAAUGUGCUUACUUUGCUUAUGACUACGGUGACCGUAUGAUGAAGCUUCCAAUGUGUCCUUCAAAUGAUCCCUUGCAAAUUAUUUCCAAAGAGACGAGCUUGCUCUUGAAGCAACGUGGUGUCAGUUCUGAUUUGUAUUCUCCGAACAAUACUCAUGACUCACUUGUCUCAGGAAAGGUCAAAUGCUCUGAAACAUUCACCUACAAGGAGGUUUCCUUCCACUUGGUUGGUUUGAGCGCCGGCCUUUACUGCUCAGAUUUGAAGAAUCGUUGGAAGCGGAUGCUCAAUGCAACAAACGUUACGAAGAUCACAGUUCUCCCUGCUUUUAACGUGCUCGUGGUUUUAGCUAACAAGACCUUGAAAUACUAUUCUCUCCCGCAGUUUGUGGAUGUUUACUUUGAGAGAAAGGAAACCCUCUCUUCCACGAUGCUUUCCAACGAUCAAAUUCAAUUCUACGAGAUUGGCCGCCAUAGAGGAGUACCUACCCUUUUCUUAGCCAAGAAGAAGAAUGCUGGUGUUACGAACUUCAAGGUUUUCACGGUUGAAACUGACAAUAAUGGAAUUUUCAGCUCCUUCUUCUUGAUCAAGCGUUUCUACAUCCAGGCUGAAUGCUACGGGUUGUCGAUUUUCAACACCACGAUUGCCGUUCAUACGCAAAGGGGAUUCGAAGUGUUAGACUUGCAAAGACUCCAGCCUCGAACCGUUCCUGAGCUUCCAACCCAAGAUGCGUCAACUAAGAAGAUCGACGUCUACAGCAGAAAGGGCCUCUUACAAGGAAGCGAAGGGAUCAGGAGGGCGCUUGCUCACAAUAGCAUUAAGCCAAUGGGUAUGUUUAAGCUUAACAAUAACAAGGAGUUCUUGUUGGUGUACAAUGAGUGUGCAAUAUUUGUGAACAAAUCGGGAAAACUCUCACGCAAUACAAUGGUGAAGUUUGAUUUCAGACCCAAGGGCACAGCUUUCCACGAUAAUGAGCUAUUUAUCGUAAAUGAGGAGGUGGUCGAAAUUUGGUCAAUCAGCGACCAAGCAAACGGCUCAAAUAUGCUUCACCAAGUAAUUUCGGGUAAAGAUAUUUCCGUGAUUAAUACCGAAAGUAUGUGUUUCGUCUCGGCAAAUCCACGGAAAAUUGGGUUGCAAAUGGUGUUUAAUGUGGUGGCCAAGCGACCUGCAGAAACCGAACCCCGUUAG